AUGGCUACUACAAGAACCCUAUAUGGCUCUUCUCGUUUUGCUUCUUCAUCUUUUUCAACACUACCUCGCAGGAGCUAUGACGUGUUCUUGAGUUUCAGAGGUGAAGAUACCCGCAAAAACUUUACUGAUCACCUCUACACGGCUUUGGUUCAAGCUGGAAUUCACACCUUCGUGGACGAUGAUGAACUCCCAAGAGGACAUGACAUUUCUUCGGCCCUGCUAAAAUCAAUCGAAGAAUCGAGGAUCUCCAUCGUUGUUUUCUCAACAAACUAUGCUUCUUCCAGAUGGUGCCUUGAUGAGCUUGUGAAGAUCAUUGAAUGCAAGAAUUCACUUGGACAAUUAGUUCUUCCAAUAUUCUACGAUGUCGAUCCUUUUGCUUCAGCAACCUACAAAAAAAAAAUUACAACAAUUUUAAUAACAAAUAUGCAUUUAGAGAAGAAAUUUGAUAUUUAA